AUGCGUAAACCACGAUGUGGUCUCCCAGAUAUUCCCAGAUAUUCACAUCAUGAGUACGAUACAGGUAUACAUAAAUGGACGAAAAUAAAUCUUACGUGGAACUUUCAUUUGGCAAAUGCAAAUAUCUUAAAAACUACAGAAUUUGCAUUCUCGUUAUGGGCAGCUAAUUCAUCCUUAACAUUCGAGCGUAAAAUAUUAAACCCUGACAUUUUAAUAUCUUACCGUAGUAGUACUCACACAUAUCUUGAUCACAAACGUAACGCAGAAAUUUGCCCCUCUUCAUUCGACGAUCGUGGUGGAGUACUCGCUCAUGCGUUUUAUCCUUCACGCAAUCCUAAUUACACCACCGAAAUACAUAUUGACAAUGCAGAAGCCUGGCACAUAUACCUAGACGAUAAAAUACCUUUCAACUCGGAACGUUUACUUCAUACGUUAACACAUGAAAUUGGACAUUCGUUAGGACUAAUGCACAGUUCGCGCGAAGAUUCCAUAACGUUUGCGUUUGCUAAAAAUACUAAUACAACUGUUAAACUCAACUUAGAAGAUAUUUUAACGAUUCAGUAUCUAUAUGGAAGGAACAAACCAGGAAUAACAACUACAACUACUAUAAAACCACCAACAACGACUACUGAAAUUCCGACAAAUAAGCCUGAUAAAAUAGAUCUCUGUGAAUUACAAUAUGUGGAUACUAUAUUAAUAUUAAAUCAUCGAAUAUUUGUCACAUAUCAAAGCUAUGUAUGGUCGAUAAAUAUAAAUAAUAACAAAUAUGACGGACCAUUUGAGCUAAAUACUUACAUGAAUUUCCUCCCAAAAAAUUUCUCUUUGUCAGCCGCGUAUCAAAGACCCUCGGGUGAAAUAGUACUAUUUAUAAAUAAUAUGGUUUAUAUGGUUAAUUAUCCCAGUUUCAAAUUAAAAGAAGGCUGGCCGAAACAUCUAAAAAAUUUGGGAUUUCCCCCAAAUGUUGUAAUUAAUACCGCGAUAAAUACUCACAAAGGACAAACCUACGUAAUCUUCGAUGAUAACGAUGUGGCGCAAAUAGACGAAUGUACUCUGACUGUUAGUGCAUAUCAAACGUUACAAUCAAUAUUUCCCGGAAUACCGCCAUCUCCAACCAUGGCUUUCCGACAUAUGGAUGGUAAUAUUUAUUUUGCUAAGAAACAACAAUUUUACCAAUAUAAAUUCAAGAGAAUCGUGACAAAAGCGGAUAAAUUUAGUAUAAAAAAAAUACUUAACACUGAAUGUUCGAGAGAUGGAUUAUUGCAACAGUUGAAAGAUAUCUUGAAUCAAUUCAUUCAGUACAGUUAA